GCAUCGCCAACCCAUCACAGCCCCGAGUUUCGCUCGAGGCGGGAGGCCUUCGGCCAAACGCCAGUGCAGCGAUGACCGCGGCCGAGAUGGCCUCUCGGGUCGUUUCGGCGCUUGCCGCGCUGCUGCCUGCUUUGGCUGCGGAGCGAGCCGCGCUGGAGCAAACAGGCGUCGAUGUGGCGGCCGUGGAGCAGUCGGCUGUCCAGUUUCAGUCCGUUUUGGACAACCAUUUCGACCCGCCUGCGCUGGCAUGGCGGCCCCGAUCCUCGGCCUUUCUCGGCAACCGGGCCAUUCAGAAUAAGAUCUACUACCAGAAACGCAAGCGCCAGGAGGCCGAGGAGGCUCUCGAGGAAGCCGCCAACGCGAAGGACGUGGUCUACCAGGUGCACGACCACGCGUUCAACAUCUAUUUGGUCAUGGACGGCAUUUUCGGCUACGUUGGAGAGGUGGAAGAGUCCCGCUUCGACUUCGGGAAAGGCGCGUUCGUCACCCGCCAGACUACACCGAAGAACAUCACCUUGACGACGCACCUGGCCACGGUGGGCAAGAGUACGAGCAUCCCCGGCAAGCAGUUGCGGGUGCGACCGAGCACCGUCAUGAACCCGCCGGACGACCGGAGAGCCUACAGCAGUCGCGAGGGCCACACUUCCUCGAUGCUGGAGCAGAAUCACGGCGCCUGGACGCCGAAGCCCAAGUCCGCCGAUACCCCGGGCAGCAGCAGCGGCAGCGGCCGCCACAGCCGGAGCCUCGCGGAGCAGCCGCACCAGUUCGGCGAGCCGCCGUGGCUGCAGGUGGACCUGGGCAAGGUCAAGAAGGUGAAAGGCAUCGUGAUGCAGGGGCAUCCAAAAGAAGACCAGUGGGUGAAGAAGUACAAGGUCCAGUACUCUCUCCUCGAGGAUGGGCCAUGGGUUGAGGUUGAGGACGUCUUGAUCGGCUGCGCUGACAGGAACACCGAGUGCCAGGC